GGCCGACAGCCUCAAAGAUGCGACUGAGUCUGCGCACGGCCACUCCGGAUGGGAAAUGCUCAUUCCGUGGAGAGGCGGCGUGGUGCGGCAGUUUCAGGUUACGGGCGCGGAUGCGGGGAAAAUGGGAAAGGUUCUUUCUGGAAAAUGUAAUGACAUGUCCAUCUGUGACAGCAUCCCAAGAGUCAGCCUGGUUUCUGGAAAUCUAUUCUGACUCCACGGCAGCUAGGAUGGAUGUAACUUUGCCUGUGGUUAGAAAACAAAGGGUUUACUGAGUUUCCUGAGUGCCCUGUACACCUUUGGGUCUCACCACCUCGCUGGACAGCAGGGCUCUCCUUGGGGCCCACAGGACCUUGGACACGUCUACAGAAGGCCCUGUCAGCAACUGCAGCUGAGGGCUGUAGAUCUUUUUCCAAGAACAACAGAAAAUGAUCGAGUACCAGCAGAGACCUGUGUCAUUCAAGGAUGUGGUAGUGGGCUUCACUCAAGAGGAGUGGCACAGGCUGAAUCCUGCUCAGAGGGCCCUAUACCGGGAUGUGAUGCUGGAGACCUACAGCAACCUCGUCUCAGUGGGUUAUGAAGGCACCAAACCAUAUGUGAUCCUCAGGCUGGAGCAGGAAGAAACACCAUGGAUUUGUGAGGCGUCAUGCUCAGGCUGCCACUGUUUCGAAAACAUUUGGCAAGGUAACGUCCAGAAGAAGAGACAGCAAGACAUGCUUUUGAGGCAAGGUACAUUCAUCAGCAAGAAAACGUUGCCCAAGGAAAGAAGCCAUGAAUGUAAUAAGUUUGGGAAAAUAUCACAUCUGAGCACUGAUCUUUUUCCUUCAAUUCAAAACCCUAAUAACUGGGACUCUUGUGGAAAGAGUGUGAACCAUAAUUUAGACUUGAAUGGUUUUAAGAGAAACUAUUCAAAAAAGCAAGAUGAGUGCUAUGGAUGUGGGAAAUUAUUACAACAUACAAAGCAUGAUAGAAGACCUAAUGGAGAAAAAUUCUGGGAAUGCAGUCACUGUGAGAAAGCUUUCAGCCAUAACCCAGCACUUACGUAUAAACCAGCAGUAACCAAUUCUCUUGUGUACAAACGGAAGAGGGUUCCACCUACAGAGAAACCCCAUGUCUGUACUGAGUGUGGGAAAGCCUUCUGCUACAAGUCUGAAUUCAUUAGGCAUCAAAGAAGUCACACUGGGGAGAAGCCAUAUGGAUGCACUGACUGUGGAAAAGCCUUUUCACAUAAGUCAACCCUCAUUAAACACCAGAGAAUACACACUGGGAUAAGACCCUUUGAGUGUUUUUUUUGUGGGAAAGCCUUCACCCAGAAGUCACACCGCAGAGAACAUCAGAGGACACAUACAGGAGAGAGACCCUUUGUGUGCAAUGAAUGUGGGAAGUCAUUUGGUGAGAAGUCAUACCUCAAUGUACAUCGAAAAAUACACACAGGAGAAAGACCCUAUCGUUGCAGAGAAUGUGGAAAAUCCUUCAGUCAAAAGUCAUGCCUCAAUAAACAUUGGCGAACUCAUACCGGAGAAAAACCCUAUGGAUGCGACGAAUGUGGCAAAGCUUUCUACCAGAAGCCAAACCUCAGCAGACAUCAGAAAGUUCAUGCUAGGAAGAAUGCUUACAGGAAUGAAAACCUAAAAAUUGUAGGAAAGCCUUGAACAAGAUACCCUGUUUCAUUAUAUGUGGAGGAAUUCAUCCUUAGGAGAAAUCUCAUUGAUCUAAUGACCAAGUGUUUUAUCAUAAGGCAAGUCAUGCUCCAAUUGUGACAGAAAGUUUUAUACUAAAGAUUAUAGAAAAUAUUUUAUAAAACAUAAACCUGUUCAUUCUGGCUUAUGAAAGUUUAAAUGAUAACAGAAUACAAAAUAUAUGUGAAGAAAAUUAGAGGUAUAUUAUGGUAUGUCCCACAGUGAGCCACAUAAUAAGCACUACUUAUAUUUUAGAAUUAUAAAUGUGAAUUUAAUAAAUUAUGAAUGUCAAGCACAUAUGUAGAAUGCCAUUCACCAAACUUUUUCACUCUAAAUAUCACCAUUGUCUUUUGGUGUCUAACAAUACAAAAAACAACAACAACAAUAAUAAUAAUAAUAUGGCCAGCUAUUUUUUUAAAAAGCUUUAACAUAUUAAACCAGCACAUUUUCUCCACCUUUUCUAGCACAACUGGCUUUUUAAUCAGGAAGAAAGUAAAGUUGAACCAACAGCACAAACCAUAUGAAAAAAAAACUGCAGGCAGACUUAAGAUUUAAAAUUUUAAAAUAACAGUAAAAUUCUUGAAAUAAAAUGAAAGGAGACUACAUGUACAAUCUAGGAAUUGGGGGAGAUUAACUUUACCAACCCAGGACACUCAAAAGCUGUUAAAAAAAUAAAUAUUUGACUACAUAAAAAGUGCAAUCGGACUUCCCUGGUGGUGCAGUGGUUGGGAGUCCGCCUGCCAGUGCAGGGGACACGGGUUUGAGCACUGGUCUGGGAAGAUCCCACAUGCUGCGGAGCAGCUAGGCCCGUGUGCCACGACUGCUGAGCCUGCGCUCUAGAGCCCGCGAGCCACAACUAUUGAGCCCAUGUGCCUAGAGCUUGUGCUCCACAACGAGGAGAAGCCACCGCAAUGAGAAGCCCACGCACUGCAAUGGAGAGUAGCCACCGCUCGCCGCAACUAGAGAAAGCCCCCGCACAGCAAUGAAGAUCCGAUGCAGCCAAUAAAUAAAUAAAUAAAUAUAUUUUUUUUAAAAAGUGCAAUCUUUUGCAUGGCAAAAGAUGCCAUCAACAGUCAAUAAACAAUGAUUUGGGGGAAAAUAUUUGCAGAGCCAAUCAGAGAAAGAGUGGUCUUCGUAUUGACAGGAAAGAAAAUAACCCAAUAGCAAAACAUGGCAAAGAAUGGACAGUUGAGAGAAGAGCAAAUCCAAGUGGCUGAUGGGCUUAUCAAAAAAAUGGUUAGGGCUUCCCUGGUGGCGCAGUGGUUAGGAAUCCGCCUGCCAAUGCAGGGGACACGGGUUUGUGCCCCGGUCCAGGAAGAUCCCACAUGCUGCGGAGCGGCUAGGCCCGUGAGCCACAACUACUGAGCCUGCGCAUCUGGAGCCUGUGCUCCGCAACGGGAGAGGCCGCGACAGUGAGAGGCCCGCGCACCGCGAUGAAGAGUGGCCCCCGCUCGCCGCAACUGGAGAAAGCCCUCGCACAGAAACGAAGACCCAACGCAGCCAAAAAUAAAUAAAUAAAUAAAUAAAUUUAUUUUUUUUAAAAAAAGGUUAGCCUCAGUAGUUGUUGGAGAAUGCAGAUUUAAGUUAUAAUGACAGUAUGCAAUCAAGCUGACGAAAAAGAGCAGGAAUGCUUUUUGCUCUCAGGACAAAGGGUGUUCUUAAGACACUGCUGGUAGAAACAUGAAUUGUUACAGCUCUUUUGAAAAGCAAUCUGACAUCUAUUAUAACUUAAUAAAAUACUUAUGCCACUUUGGGGAAUCUUCUCUUAGAAGUAAAACCCCAGUACAUAAGGGACAUGUACAUUUAUUGUGAAUUGUUCCUAGUGGCAAAAAACACUAGAAUCAAAAUAAAUGCCCAUCAGCAGGGAAACUUGAAGAGGGAAGGAACUAUAGUUAUCCAUUCCAUAGGAUGUUUAUAUAGCCAUUAAGGUGGACAAGUUAAAGCUAUGCUAGUGGACUUGAAUGGAAUUCCACAAUGUUUUCUUGAGAGAAAAAAGCAAGGGAGAAGUGUGUAAAAUGACUCUGUUUUUGUAAAUCAGUUACAAAAUGCUUCUAGGUGCUUAUGAGUGAUAAACAUGUAUCGUAUAUGUUUGUGUAAGAUUUUAUAUGCAUGGAGAAAAGUAUAGAAGAGUAUACAUUGGGUUCGGGGAAGGUGGGUGAUGCAGGUGGAUAAUGGGGUAGUCAGAGAAGGAAAAUGAAAGCCCUAAAGAAAAAUUAUGUAAAUAACUGAACCAAGUAUGAUAUGUCAAAUAUGUGAUUAAGAAAUUUGAGGGGGAAGCUAGAACUCUACUAAUUUGUGGAGAUAUUUGUGGCAUAUUGUUAAGUGAAAAGAGAAAAUUUCUGAAUAAUGUAUAUGAAUCUAUUUUUUAAAAUUAAAACACGUAUAUGUGUAUUUAUGCAUGUAUGUGUUUAUAUGAACAAAGAGAAAAGUGUGGAGGGAUAGAUAUAAAACAAGGUAUUAACAUUGGUUACCCUGGUGGGGAAUGGAAAUGUAAGUAGUUGUUUAAUUUAUAUAUCUUUGUAUUGUUUUACUUGUUACAAACAUAUGUUACUUUUGUAAUUUGAAAAACAAAAUAAAGGGGGGAAGAGUGUUUUGAAAUACAUGAGGCCUUGC